AAUGGAAGAUCUCAAAUAUUUCAAUUACAUUGUAAAAAAGGCCAAAACACUAGCAGUUGCUAACAAUCUCGAAAAAGAGAGAGACUUAAUCCAUCACUGCUCUAAAAGGAUCAACAGCACGUACAAUUCGAAGCUACUUCUCUUCGAAGAAAUGCGAAAGAUCGAGAAAUAAGGUCGAUAAGGAAUGUUUUCCAAUAAUGUACCAAAAACAGCUUGAAAAGAAGCGUCAACAGGAAGAUCGUGAGAAGUUGAAGUAUAAGCGCAAGUCUCGUCAAGGCAUCUGAUUCUACAAGAUUUGUAGAUAACCUUAGCAAUGGCUCUUAAGUGGGACCAAUAUUUCUGAAAAUAACGUUUUAUGUAUGAACCC